AUGUCUCUGGUUUCAAGAUUGAAGGAGAAAGAUCAAGUCAUCGACCUCGUUAGAUCUGAAGCGCGUAUCAACGCGCAGGCUCUGAAGAAGUUCGUGGAAGAGAAUCAGACACUGAGAGGUGAGUAUAAUGAUUUGGUGAAUCAGUGCAAAGAUUUGAGAAGAAAAUGCUUGAUUUAUCAUCUAGAUCUUGAAGCAUCGAUGCGUUCUAGGAACGAAGCAGAAGAAAGGGCAAGAGACGCAGAAUCUACGAUUCAAGAAUUAGAUCAAGAACUGAGACACGUGUCUAAUGUAAUUAACAAGCAGGAAUGUUUGGUUGAUUCGGUUUUGGCGACGAUCGUUAGUGGAGACGAGACUAAGUUUGGGCGUAUGCUCUUGGAGGAAAACAUUCAAGAUCAGUCAUGUCUACCUUUGUUGAGAAAAUGGAACCAGUUGAAACCAUCAAUGCAUAAGGCUAUAUCUUUGGUUUUCAUGUUGAUAAAUAUUGAAAAGGAAAAGGAGUGUCUCAUCGUGAAGCUGGAGAGAGCAGAGCAAGAACUGGAACUUGCGAGGGAGCAAAACAGAGAGGUACAUAAAGAGAGCCGCAACUUGUUAAGGCAAUAA